AAGUACGCUCUUGAAGAAAUAUAAAGAGAACGUGACGGCCCUUACUUGGCACGCGUGGGCAGGCUUCCUCGCGAGUGUUGAACGGAGGCGGCCGGGCCUGGCCUCAAAACUUCAACAACUCAAACACCGACAGCAGUAGACAACACGUGUAGUUUUUUUUUCGUCCCACCCGAGGGGGAGUAUUGUAGCUCCUCGCCCUCCUCUCCACGACGCCUCCGCUUGGUGUGUGGUUUGGCAAGGGGGAAACGAGAGCUCUACGCACGCGUCGGGCUUCAAGCAGAGGCGGACACCAGCUCCUCCGCUGAUCACUGUCGUCAUCAGCACCCCCUUUGCUGAGCCCGAUCCUCGGCAGGGAUCUGACCUACCAUCGGAAGGUUGAAGUGGAGGAGCGGCAAAUAGAGCUAGGUCAUUGGAGCUAGCUGAAGUCGUGCUAGCUGCUUUAUUCCUUCAAACAGCACAGCAGGAAGGCGGAGCAGAGCGAGUACCCUCUGUCGCCCACGGAGCCUUGGAAGCUAGCCGAGGCGACCAUGUCCUCUCGGCAUGGAUUCCUGGGCACUAGCAGCAACAGCAGCAGCAGCGGGAGCAACAACAGCGGCGGGAGGAGGCGGCGCGCUGGAACGACCAUUUUGGUGACGGUGUUCGAAGCAGAGACCGGAAAGCAACUAGACUUUGAGCUUUCGGAAAGCGGGCAUGACGCGGGGGGUGCCACAGAGGCCCUCCGCAGAAGGCUCUACAGCUUGACAGGGGUGCCUGCAGAAAACCAGAUUAUACUCUGGGGAGGCCCCCCCUACAAGCCGCUCCGCUCCCAGCUUCCCCCGGCGAGCAUUACCGUCACAGUGCCGAGCACCGCCCCCACCGGUAGCGCUAGCUCGCGCGUUGGGUCAUCGUCUUCGAGUUCGAGUUUGACGACCACCGUCGCUACCAAGAUUUUUCUUUUCGACUGGCGUACCCUAGCCCCGGAGCAGCAACAGCAGCACCAGCAGCAGCGGCAUCGCCGCUCUUCAUCCAACUCCCAAAUUAUCGGUACCCUCGACGGCUCGCUUACCCCCAGCGGAAGCAGCGGCGGCGGCGGGACCGGUGGCGUAGACCAGCCCUUGGCAUCGUCGUCAGCUGCGCCUGGCGUCACCGGUGUUGACGCAGCUGGAGCAGCGGCGGCAGAGUCGUUGAUGAUGGAAGAAGCGGCGGAGUUCGUGGGUCCUGCGGAGGUUACCCUGCCCACGGAACCAGGGGCGUCGCCGUCUCCGUUGCCGCCGGUGGAGGGAUCCUAUCUGCUCAAGACGAUUGCCGGGUACGAGAGGGGCUCGAUGCUGACCUUGAACAGAGGGCAAGCGUACCUCGAAUCGUCCCGACGGAGAUUGGCGGGAGCGGAGACGUGCGCAGAGAGGAUGCAAACUAUGGUUAUGGCUCUAGACGCGGCUGUGUCCAACUCCCUGGACCACUGGGACCCUCUGCAACGAGCGUACAACGGCCUCAAGGAGAAGCUUGGAGAACAGGCGCUGAGGCACGAGAAGAUGCUCGAGACGUUUGAGCAAGACGUUGCCACGCUCGGGACAAUACCCGUGCACCCGGCUCUCGCCGCCGCCUCAGCAACAACGACAAUCACCCGCGGUGGCGGUGGCCGGCAGAGCCGGGCCCCUUCACUAUCCUCCUCGACCGCUUCCUCCUCUUCGCGGCUGGGCAGCGGCCGAAUCGAUUAUUCCAUCUCAGAAGAGCCCCCUUUAGACCCUACGGCAGGGGGUGGUUUGAUGCGUGAGAAGAGAUUGCCGUCAGUACGGCAAGGGGAGGAGGAGGAGGUGGGCGGGAGUGGGAGAGGUGGCAAGACGUUGCUGGACUGCAUCCCGGUAGAGAGGGAGCAGAGGCUGCUGGAGUCGUGCCGCACCAGCCAGCGGAGGUUCCAGCAGGAGGCGGAGAACGUGGCGCAGAAGUUCGCCACCAUUGAGAAGGGCAUACUGGAGCAGCGAGGGGACCCCGUAACGGUGAAUGACGCUGUACAGGAGCUCUUGGAGCGCGCCAGGCGGCUGUGCAGAGAUCAGGAGAGCAAGAGGGCUGAGCUUGAGGCGAACUACCUGGAGUCCUUCAACCUCGCCAAGGAGAGUGGGACAGACGACGCCGAAAAGCAGAACGCGAUCAAUCGCUUGACGCAGCUUAUCCUAGAGUCGGAGAAGCUCGUGCCCAUGAUGAAGGACAACGAUCAACAGACCAUGGCCAUUGCUAUGGAGAUCGCGACAGCUAAGGCGUCGCUGUUGACCAACCUCCGGCAGCGCCUACGCGAGGUUUCCAGGCUACAGACCGACAUCGGGAAGAUACAGAAACACCAGGAGCUGGUGGGGAUGGCUUGGGGGCAGAAGGAGGAGCAGUUCGAGCACCUCGGGAAGGUGGCGAGGAUGCCUGCGGCGUACAACGCUUUCCUUCGUGAGGUCUUAAGGCAACGUCGAUUCCAUGAGGACUUCGAGGCGACGGUGUCGGACUUCUGCAACUCCAUGGCCGCUCUCCGAUCCUCUGAAAUAGUGUCGAGGCAGGAAUUCAUCCAAACACACCUCGGGAAUCUCCCGCCCGUGUUCCUAGAGAUGGCACCGGGCCUCCGCAACAUGCCGCCGACCUUCAACCCCGGCCCGAUCACGCCGCUGAGACCGGGAGAACUCCCCGAAGUCUACCCCGACCCUGCUGCCGCCGACGAAGAGGUGGACGGGGGCGGCGAGUCGGCGAGCAAGGAAGCCGGCGGUGCCGGUAGUGUUGCAGGUAGCGUCACGCCCGAAGCGGCGGCAGCGGUGGUGGUGGCUGGGGCAGGUGCAGCAACCGCGGUGGCGGCGGCGGCGAUACAAUCGAGCGCAGCGGAGACGGGGUCGGCUGCGGUUUCCACGCAGACAACGGCGGCUGCGGUGGACGGGGCGGCCGUCUCCACGCAGACAGCGGCGGCGGCGGCAGCGGUGGGCGGCGCGGCUGUCUCGACGCAGACGGCAGCGGCGAGCGGGGCGGCGGUCGGGACACAGACGGAGCGAGACUGGCUCCGGCCUACGAACGAGGGCCGGAGCGUGGAAGGUGAUGGUGGCAGCGGGGGGACCGAUGAUGACGUUGGUGGAGGCAGAGCAGACGCUGCGGCCGCAGAAAGCGUUGAGGCCCGCGGCGAGGGCGAUGCACCGGUUGAGAGCGUGGAGGAGCGAGCAGCCGGCCAGGAAAGCGGCGUCGCCAGGUCGAUUUCCGCCCUGGAAGCAGAGAACGCCCGUCUCGCCGACGAGCUCGCCAAGGCUCGAUCCCGGCUCGAGGAGCUCGGUACCGCCGCUGCGGGAGCACCGGCGCUAGAGUCGGCUCCAUCGGAGGCAGAGCGGGCGGCGAUAGAGCCGGACCGAAGUCCAGGAACGACUGCUGCUGCUGCUGCUGCUGCUGCUUCAGGUGGUGGCGAUGAUGCUGUUGUUGUCCCCGGUGCGGUGGAAGGAGAGGACCCAGCCCCGAUGCCGAGAGGUGUGGGUGGCGAAUUCGCACGGCCCCGACGCAGCUACAGCGACGUCGUGGUGAGCGGAAGCGGCCGCCGGGAGUCGGCAAUUGCUGCCACCGCCUCCGCCGCAGCAUCUGCUGGAGGAGGAGGCGAGGUGCGCGGUACAGGCGCCCGGCGCGGGUCAUCGAAGGAAACCAAGAACCAGUUGGCCGCGUACCGCGCCGGUCUGACGAUGCUGGUCAAGUUGACCGACCAACACAAACUUGCUGACCAGCAGCGUGGCGGCGCUGCGGUAGGGGUGGCGUCGGCGUCGGCGGCGGAAGCGGCAUCGGCGGUACAGCCGGGGGCGAUGGAGGACCCGGCCGUAGGUACAAGGGCGACGGUAACUGCAAGAACGGCUGCUGCCGAGGACCCGGCGUCACCGUCUUCGCCAACUGAUUCCGAGGGCCAUCCAUCUCCCGGUAGUGACCGCCCGACACCCGCUACGGCUGUGGACGGGCAGGCCACCGCCGGCGGCGGUGGUGAUGUUGGUGACGCGGCAUCGCCGGACGUGAAAGAAGCGUCGGAGAGAGAGUCAACAACGGUCCCCGACCGAGCUCAAGAAGCACACCCAGCAGCGGCAAUAUCAGCCGUAGAGGUAGACAAGGAUCACGCCACAGCGAAACCAGCGGUGGCAGAGGCCACGGCACCACCAGAGGACAGGCAGGGGGGAGCGCGGCCGGCGGGAGAGGAUUCAUGUUCAUCGCCAGACCACAAUGAAGCGGCGUCUCCCGAAAGGGCGGCGACGACCCCGGCAAGUACGGCGACCGGAGGCACCGCGGUGGAAACGGCGGGCGGGGGGCUGGUCGCAAGGCCAUCGGGGUCUCUCGGAGGCGUCGAGCGGAUAAGGCGCGCGGCGGACUACGUGGCAACUCACCUUCAGUACAACCAUGCUCUAGCUGCCGUACCGCGAAUCUCGAUGUGCUCUUUCAGCGUACAGGACAUCGCGCUGUUCCUGCCGACUAUGGUGGGAUCUCCGGACGGCUCUUCGGGCGGCCCGGUGUUCCUGGCGUUUCACGUUAACUGCCCGAACCGGUACCUGUCCGAGGAAAGCAUCAACAAUGCCCGCGAGACGCUGGGUGCUUCUCCGGCGUACAUAUUGGGCCGCAUCAUCCUGGUGGAGCAGCACGUGGCCUCUGAGGAGCCCAACCCGUACAACGUUGCUCCGAAUACGGUGUACUACGUCCUCACCGCAGAAAACGUCGGCUAGAAAGAUCAGGCCAAGGCCUUGUCACGGCCAGCAAGGGACAUGAAGAAGGGGGGCAUCAAGAUUGUAAUAUCUAGUGGGGUCGCGGGGUCGGGUUUUGGUUCAAGGACGGGAAAGAUUGCUACGGAGUAUUGUCGUUCCACGGCCGGCUCGCCCUUGUGCCGGGCAGGAUUGUCGGCCCAUCCACGGCCCGAAUGAGCGCGGCCCCGGCAUCGAAAGACCCAGGAGGGGGCGCUAUUCUGAUUAGGGUCGAUAUCCAUCGCCAUCCCCAGUAGUCGCCCCCUCAUUGGGAGGAGCAGGUCGCUCGAAUCGGUCACAGACGGCUGCUUGUCCUUGUCGAGGGCACUGUGGUCUUGGUUGCCUUGACGGUGUCGGUGUUGGUGGUGGUGGUCGUCUUGUUUGGAUUCCCGCUCGUGUAGGUUUUUUACCCAUCGGCCGACCCAGUCGAUCGCUUUUUUUCUUGGUUGUUGCACCCCGCCAUAGUGAGUGACUUGUAUAGCUGCCUCCUGAUGUUAGUUAGUGUUUGCGUUCUGUGUAUCUACCAAUUGUGUGAUUCCGUUAUUGCGGCAAUGCUUCCAAGUACUUGGUAGCAGGCGGCCCCCACCACUUGUACCUGCUGUGGUGUCGCUUGCUCCGUUUCCCCCGUCCUCCGGGGGGGGUAUGGUUUUGGUGGAGUCAAAGUUGACGCGCGAAAAAGUAGCAUACUGCCUGUAUCGCACAACGGUGAUGAUCUAGGUGAUACGAGUGGUUUACCGGUUGAGACGGCGCGCUAGAACGAGUUGGUGGCCUAUUCGUUUUUCGGCCCUGUGCCCCCCCGAAGUCUGCGCUACCCUUCGGUGGUUGGAUGACGUUGAUAGAGCCGGAGGGUUUCCACCGAUGUGGAUGUUUGUGGUACCGUUUCGCCCCGAGUUCUUCCUCGUGGAUGGCGGUCAUAGUUUCUCCUGCUGUUAACAGAACGUACGUGCGGUUGUACCGCCGUUUCUGUUUCUUGUGUGGCUGUUGGUGGCGCAGAGACCUCGUGGGCUCGCGCUGCACGGCAAGUCGAAAAGUCGCGUCGCCUCGUUUUAAACAAGGAAGUCAAUGCAGCACGACUAUCCAUGUAUUCAGGAUACAACCGCUGAUGACAGCAGUGUUUGAAAACCACACACGCACCCCAAAUCAUGAUAUGGACUGCUUGUCUGGUGUGCUGAGAAGGUUGGAAAUUGCUGUCGUUGUUUGCACCUGGUUGGAGGACGCUCAAU